GUAGCUCAGCUUGGUCAGGCCACUUUGACUGACCCGCUAGACGACCUGAUCUCGGGAUCCUCCUCUUCUGACGCCGGUCAACCGAGUCGACCUAAGACCUCGUCUACCAGACGGCCCAGGAGGUUGGUCGGACUGACACCUCUGCGUGCUCCGCCCGCAAAGCCGCUGCCGGCUCUGUUGAGUGGUCAGCCAAUGAUUGUCUGUUUUAUCGGUGGCUGCACUUUAGCGGAGGUGGCUGCACUUAGAUUCGUUGCUGAGCGCCGCCAGUGGCACUUGAUGAUGGCGACCACAUCACUUCUUCAUACCCGUGAUCUCAUCCAACAUGUGUCACAGGCAGCAAUCAACAAGUGGCCCUGA